AUGAGUCUCAUGAUUCAGUAUCUGAACGCAGCAGUUGCCGGAGUUGUCGGCAUAGUAAUAAUUUCUUACUUCUUUUACUUUACGAAGAGGGAUAGAGCAGGUGAUGGCCGCAAGCCACCGGUGGCCGCUGGUGGCUGGCCUUUGAUCGGUCAUCUUCACCUCUUAGGUGGUUCCGGUCAACCUCCUCACAUAACCCUAGGAGCCUUAGCAGACAAGCAUGGACCAAUAUUCAGCAUCAAAAUCGGUGUGCACCCAGCUGUGGUGGUCAAUACUUGGGAGCUAACCAAGGAGUGUUUCACCAAUCUUGAUGUCAUAGUCUCAUCUCGUCCCAAAUUUACAGCCGCAAAAAUCUUGGGACAUGACUAUGCUAAUUUUGGGUUCUCCCCUUACGGGGAAUUCUGGCGCCAGAUGCGUAAGAUAACUGCUUCAGAGUUACUCUCCACUCGCCGAUUUGAAUUGCUUCGAGAUAUUAGAGACUCAGAGAUGCAGAUCUCGCUGAAAGAACUACACAGAGCAUGGGUUGAGAAAAAAGGUGAUUUCUUGGUGGAGAUGAAGCAGUGGUUAGGAGACAUGAAUCUCAACGUGAUUCUGAGAAUGAUUGCUGGAAAGCGAUACUCCAACAAAAGUGCAGAUGAGAAACAGGUAAGGCGGGUUCGGAGGGUCUUUAGAGAGUUCUUUAGUUUAACAGGAUCGCCUGUUAUUGGAGACGCCAUUCCCGUUCUUGGAUGGCUUGAUUUAUUGGGUGGUCAAGUCAAGGAGAUGAAAAACACCGCUAAAGAAAUGGACAGCAUCGUUUGUGAAUGGUUAGAAGAACAUCGCCAGAGAAGAUCAGAUUCUGGUGAGACUAAAACAGAGCAAGAUUUCAUUGAUGUCUUGUUCUCUGUACUUGACGGCGUUGACCUUAAUGGUUACGAUGCUGACACUGUCAACAAAGCCACCUGCUUGACGCUGAUUGCUGGGGCAACGGAUACUACAACAGUUACUAUAACAUGGGCACUGUCGUUAUUGCUGAAUAAUCGUCAUGCUUUGAAGAAAAUUCAAGAUGAAUUGGAUGAGCAAGUGGGCAAGGAAAGACUAGUGAAUGAAUCGGAUAUUAACAAAUUAGAAUACCUUCAAGCUGUAGUUAAAGAGACACUGCGGUUGUAUCCAGCUGGGCCACUCUCAGGCCCGCGUGAAUUCACAGAGGAUUGUACCUUAGGUGGGUACCAUAUCGAGGCAGGCACUCGAAUGAUUUUGAACCUUUGGAAGCUGCAUAGAGACCCACGGGUAUGGUCAGACCCGUUAGAGUUUAAACCAGAAAGGUUCAUGACCACGCACAAGGCUUUGGAUGUUAAGGGUCAACAUUUUGAACUGCUUCCUUUUGGCGGCGGAAGAAGGGCCUGCCCUGGUAUAUCAUUUGGCCUUCAUAUGACACACUUGGCAUUAGCUGCUUUCUUGCAAGCAUUUGAGAUCACUACCCCGUCCAAUGUCCAGGUUGAUAUGAGCGCCACCUUUGGUCUCACGAACAUCAAAACCACCCCACUUGAGGUUUUAGUCAAACCUCGUUUAUCAUAUCACCUUCUCUUUAUCGAUGAAGCUCAAGUAAAUCCAACGCAUUAA